AUGAAGAGGCAUCAUAGAGAGGACUCGGCUUCUCGCAGCAAGAAGGCCCGUGCCCCUAGUAUAUCGGACGAGGACGGUACUAACGGCUGCAUCAACUCUCCGAAGAAGUACAAAAGUCCCCCACGAAAGGCUCUGUUGAGACGCCCUUCACGUGAAGACAGAUCAGUUGAUAAAUAUGACCAACAAGGUUCGAGACAAACAUUCUUACUUCGACCUAAUCCCGCAGCAAAGUUUGUCAGUAGCAACAACUCCAGCCGCUCAUUUAACCCCCACAGGUAAUUUAUAAAUGGUGUAUCUAGUUUGCGUGAAUUGUUCCGAGUACUCAAUCGUGUUAGUACCUGUUGCUAACACUUUGGAUUUCGGUCAUCAUUGUUCAUAUUUCAUGCCAUUACGUAUUUAUGUGGUUCACUCAUUUUGCAGUCGCUAUUGUAUCAUUUUGUUGUAUUACAAUCCCAAUGUCACUUUCAUAUUCAUCAUGCAUAGUACAUAAGUUUUGUCCUCAUUAUGGGUUUUAAUUUUUCUAUGAUGGAGCAUUUCUUAAGCAAUCAUGUCUUUUACUUAUGACAGUGGAGCAGAUUUCCGCCUUGUAGCAGCUACAGUUAUUCUUGUCGGAGUGAUGGAUAUUAACGGUCCAUACAUUGAAUGCAUUUAAAAUUGCUCAAAUGACAUCAUGUUACUUCAAUUCGUAAUGGAGAGGAGCAAAUUGCAUUUCAUAUAUAUUAAAUCGAGAUACCUGGAAUGAUAUGUUCUCAUCCAUAUUCAGGCUUUUUAAUUUUAAAAAUCGAGAAGAUAUUUCGGGCAUUUAAAUUGCUAACUCGACCAUGUUUUCUAAAAUGCGUCCGCCUAAGUGUAGGCCACAUUCGCCAAAAAUGAAGUUUUUUGUCAUGUAAAAUCUUUUGAUUAAAAUGAAUAUCAAGUUUUCUUAAUGAGAUUGUUCCAGCAGAACAUAUGAUCAUGAAAACCUACAUUCUUAUGCUAUCACUCAUAUGAAAUGCUUGUCCUGCAUUAAUCUCAACUAAUCUGCACAGUUGUCCGAAUCGACUUAAGGCAUUUGCAAUAUCAUUUGAAAUUAUUCACUAUCUAAUAACCACCUCGUAUUGCUGGUCCAGUUUAGCUAACAAGUAAUUUCAUAGAUAGUCUCAAUUUUAGUGAAGAAUAAAUAAAAUGUAUCUCAGCAAAAUAAUGUGCGCAUGGUGUCCACAAGUACUAAGAUUAUAACUAAUUUUUAAAAUGAUCGACGAAAGUUCUGUAAGAAGCAUUCAGAAUUCAAAAGAUGCACUUAUAACAUCUGGAGAAUAUUUUGAUUGUCCAGUUUCAUGACUACUCAAGUUCACGGAAAUCCUAUGCGCCAUCAAGUGAUCGACUCUCUAAUCAUUCGUCAAAGUCACUGGUCAAUUCUUCCAGUCGAGUUAAUCCUAUGUUGGCAGCAAGUCUUGCAUCAUCAGGAAAAUUACCAAACCUUCCAAUUCCUCUUGGGUCCAAACGGGGUUCAUCUGCAACAGUUGCGGCCGUAGCCGCAGCUGCGAUGAACGCAGCCGCAAUGGCUGCGGCAUUAGGUGCCGGAGGUGUAAUAUCGAGCAAACAAAUGUCACACAUAACCAAAGCACUGGCAUCUGCUACUCGGACUGGUCGUGAUCACCAUGGUUCAUCGUCACACAGACCUCCGCGGAGUUCCAGUGAUAGGUAUACAGGUGAAGAUUCAAGAAGCAGUCGUCGAAAAACAACUAGUAAGGAGAAAGAUAUGCUUAGCAUUUUCAAUGCUCGUUACGCUCGUCCAGUAGAACAUCGCAAUCCCGAAGAUGAUCCUAAUGCAACAAGAACAUUAUUUCUGGGUAAUUUGCCACCAGAUGUCGAGGAACCUGAACUGAGGAAGCUUUUCGAACGUUAUGGUAUAAUUGAAGAUAUUGAUAUUAAGCGCCGUGAACUAGAAACUGGAGCAACCGCAUUCGCUUUUGUUCGAUAUCUUAGUCUAGACAUGGCACACCGCGCAAAAGUUAAUUUAUCUGGACAAAUGAUAGGUGAAUACAGAUUCAAAAUUGGUUAUGGAAAAGUUAUUCCCACACGAUGCCUAUGGGUUGGUGGAUUGGGUCCAUGGACAAAUUAUCCUGAGUUCGCAACCCUUGUUAAUAGUAUCAGCGCGCCUGAAAAAAUCAUCUGGCCGUCUGGUAAAAACUAUGCCCAUAUUCUUUAUAGUGAUAGCGAGUCGGCUGCCGUUGCAGCUGAUCUUUUACGUGGAUAUCCGUUAGGAAAAAGUCAUAAACGGAUCCGAGUGGAUUUCACUGAUGAGUCACAUAUGUUCAGAGAUCCUAAUUGGAAACGGUUGAAAAGAAAUUCGUCCACAGAAUCAAGUCCCAGACACUACUCAUCCAGAAGAUCACUGACACCUCGAAUAAAACGUGAAGAUUCUUUUUCAGACAAUGCCUACUCUCGUGAUAAUCAUUACUCAAAAUACAAACGCGACCGAAAGACGUAUGUUGAUAGUGACCGAAGUCAUUCUGCUUCGUCAAAUCAUAGGCGAGAAUCUGGCCAUAGAUCUAGAAAAGCUACACAUGAAAGGGCGCCUAAACGUAGUCUAAGAGACCACUCAUUAAGUCCUGAUGCUGACUCGACGCGUUUUGUUUCACGUUCUCCUUCAUCAUCAAAAUCUCGCAGAUAUUCAUCUUCUUCCUCGAGAUCACCCACAUUAGAAACAUCCACAAACGUAGAACAGUUGGCAUCUUGUCUUCCUUCGGCAUGGGAUGGAGCAUUUUAUCUAAAGUCGAGUAGUUUUCAGUGCAGAAUGCACAUUUUGAGAGGUGACAAAAGCCUUGUUGAUCAGUUCAUGUACCAGGGAUCUAAUUCAGAAGCAUCUGCGCAUUCAAACGAAACUCGGCAUGCAGGUAAAAAGUCGAACAAAGAUAAACAUACGUCACUGGAUGACAUUGAUUCUAGUGAAUCUCAGGAUGAUGCACAUGGUAGCGCUAAAAGUAGUUGUACAAACAAAGACCAGGUGGUUUGUUUACGCAUUACUCAACGAAUGAGACUGGAUCCAGUAAAGUUAGAUGACGUGAAUCAGCGCAUUCAGACAGCCGGUUCCUCUGGGUUUUGCAUUCUUUUGGCUGUACCUCCACAUUCGGUUUUAUGCAGUGAAGUUGGAGAUGGCGAUAAGCAACCGCAAAGACCGCUUCGAAACCUGAUCGGAUAUUUACGUGCAAAAGACUCUGCAGGAGUGGUUCUUCUAAAUCCUGGUGGCCAAAACUCAAACGAUUCUUCAUCCCCUCUAACUGCAGAAACUACAUCUGGGGUGCUGUAUGCAUUUCCACCCUGUGACUUUGCUUUGAAUCUCUUGCGUGAAAGUGCUCCGCAACUAGAGAAAGAUUAUGGUAAAGAUGAUUACUUAGCUAUAAUACUAAUUCGUGGGGCCGGAGUUGUGUAGACAAUACCCCCAAAAUCAAGCUUCGAAAUGAACUGCUUUUGUUGGCAACAAUGUUUGUCGCUAAUUCGCCACUACUUUUUUUCUGCGCGAAAAAACUAAGUUUUGUUUACUAGCGUUAAGCUUCAUUAUAUUAUACCUCCUAAAAGGGCAUUUAUAAAAAAGACGUUUGUUUCUGUACUUGUUGUAUUUCAGAAGAAUCAGUGGGGUUAAUAUACAUAAUAUUCUUUAAA